UUGGUUCGUAUAAUUCCUUCUCUCUCUCCCUCCCUUUGGCCCCGUCAAUUCAACUUCACACCCAUCAAAACUUGGCUCUCUCUCUUCAACCAGGCUUUGUUUCUCACGUGGGCUUUUGAUAUUUCAAGCUCUUCCAUGGAGAUGGAGUCAGUUCAUCUGGAUGAUGCUGGUAAUUGCAUUGAAGAAACAUCCGACAAGCAGUUAUUUCCUCCAAGUUCUCCAGAUAGAAGUGAUAUUUUUGGGGAUCCACACUUGAGUACACGCGUUGGCGAUGAUUACCAAGCAGAAAUUCCUUCCUUGCUAAUGGAAUAUAAGCGUCUUCAGCCUCUAAUGAACCCUGCUGAUUCAGGAGUCAUGGUUGAUGUUUCUCAGUCCUUUCAAAUGGGUUUACCAAUCCCAAUCAUGUGGCUUCAGGAAGUGAAUAAUAAUGAAGAUGAAACAAGGGAGUUUAUUAGUCAUCAUGAUGAGGAGGUUAACCCAAACAGGCCAGUCGGAUCAACAAAUAGAAAAAAGAUAAAUAUUAAGUUGAAGAAGAAAGGUUCAGCAAUCAAUACUGACCACUUGAAUAUUGGGUUGGACAAUGAAAAGGAAUCAGCAAGUGCAAAUAUUGAAAACAUCAUUUCAGGGAAAACAAGCAUAGUUGGACUACAACAAAGCAAACGAUAUUCUCCAGUUCCAGGUUUAAAAUGUGACCCCUGGAGUGAUGCUGAUGUUAAUAGUUUCCUCCUUGGUUUAUAUAUAUUUGGGAAGAAUUUUGUUACAAUAAAGAGAUUUCUAGGGAAAAAAGAGAUGGGAGAAAUAUUGUCAUUCUACUAUGGAAAAUUUUAUGGUUCUGAUCACUACCGUAGAUGGUAUGAUUCCCGGAAGGUUAGAAGUAGAAAAUGCGUGACCGGACGGAAAAUAUUUACAGGAUGGAGACUGCAGAUGUUGUUAUCCCGUUUGCUUCCCCAUGUCCCAGAGGAAUCUCAAAAUACUUUGCUGGAGGGAUCCAAGUCAUUUGCGGAGGGAAGAACUUCCAUUGAAGAAUAUGUCUUCUAUUUGAAGUCGGCUGUUGAAAUCCACACUCUUGUAGAAGCUGUAGGUAUUGGUAAGGGGAAGGAUGAUCUCACAGGCCUUGCCAUGGAUCCUGGAAAGACCAAUAAAAUAUUUCAAGUUUGUCCUAGCCUACCAACUGGCAAAGCUUGUUCCUCUCUUACACCCAAAGACAUAUUAAAGUUUUUGACUGGAGGCUUCCGGUUGAGCAAAGCCCGGUGUAAUGAUAUUUUCUGGGAAGCUGUUUGGCCUCGUUUGCUCGCAAGAGGAUGGCAUUCUGAGCAACCUAAGAAUCAGGGUUAUGUGAGUUCACAGCAGUAUCUUGUUUUUCUUAUACCAGGUGUUAAUAAGUUCUCAAGGAGGAAACUUGUGAAGGGAGACCACUACUUUGAUUCUGUCAGUGAUGUUUUGAGUAAAGUGGCAUCUGAACCAAAACUUCUUGAGCUUGAAGCUGAAGAAGCUACACUCAAGAGCAGUGAUGAGGAUGGGUGUGUUCAAGAAGUGGCAUCAGACCCAGAUGAUCCAUCCAACCAUCAGCGCCAUUGUUACCUUAAACCACGAGUUACUGGUACUCCAAAUCCUAUGAAGUUCACAGUUGUUGAUACUAGUUCAGUCCAAGGAGGAAAAUCAUCCAAUGUGAGAGACCUCAGACAUUUACCAAUUGAACCCAAAAUUACUUCCAAUGUCACUAAUCAUUUUAAGGAGUCAAUGCAUGAGUAUGAACUAUAUGCUGCUCAUAUGCCAUUGGAUUUUGAUAAAGAUACAAGUAAGCUUAACCACAGUAUGGGUACAGUUUAUAAAAGUGGUCCAAAUGGCGUGAAGUUCACUGUUGUUGAUACCAGCUUGCUUUAUGGAGAAGAAUCAUCCAAGCUGAGAAAACUUAGAUAUUUACCAGUUGAAUUUAGAAGUACUUCUGAGCGCCCCAGACUUUUGAGAGAAACUGAAGGGAUCUCCUCUGAGGAUUCACUGAAUGCACGUGAGCUCGAUGCUGCUGACAUGCUGUUGAACUGUGGAAAGAAUAUUGUAUCUGAUAGUGAGUACACAGACCGAAAGGUAAUGACUGAUAUUUCAGAUACUAAUGCAAACAAAAUCAUGGUUAGCGACCAGGAUGAGAAGGCCACUAUGUCUGAUGACAGGCACCUUAAAAUGACUAUCAAGCACCAGUUUAGUCGGAGAGUAAAACCUGGUAAUUUAAAUUAUGCAUCUCCUGCCAUGAAAAGGAGAAAAUUAACUGUUUGUGCUCAAAAGACAAACCACAUUGUCGAGGACUUAUUGGAAGGCAUGGAGUCAAAUCGAACAGGACUCUGUUUGCCAUUGAGUUCACCAGAUGCAGGCAAGAAUGUCGGUUCUCAAGUGGGUCCUAAAGAGAAAGUGUCUUCGAUUACUUCUUCACCUAAAGGCAGUUUGGAUGAGGAGACUGGUGGAGGCUUUCUCAUUAGUAAUUCUUCUGGCAUGGACAUGUCCUGUGGGGAGAAUGAGAAACAUCAACCUCAGCCACCACUUGACCUGAACCUGCCCAUGGCUCCACUGACAUCUGAAAUGGGUGAAGCAUUAAUAAUGGAAGUGGAAGACAUCAAUGGUAAAAAUGCUGAUAGUUCAUGCUUUCUAUCUAAGACAAUGGAUCUGGUUCCUGACACCUUGAGAACCUCUAUGGAUCUCGAUAAUGUAGAACAGCAGCCUAAUAUGAUCCCCAGGAGGCAUAGCACCAGAAAACGACCCCCGAGCAUCAGAGCAUUGGAAGCUCUUGCAAAUGGGUAUUUAGGCAUCCAAAGGAGGCAAAAGGGCACAGAAUUUCGAUCACUGGAAAAUGCAUUCUCUCGUCCUUCCCACAAUGCCCGAGGCAGAGUCAAAGUAACCUCAAAUUGUGGUAGCUCAAGUACCAAGACUAAUGAAAUGGAAGAAAAUGAAGUGAAUGAAGCCUGUGAUGUUACUCUUGAUCGUAUUGAAAAAAGAGUUGCUGUCAGUAUUGGAACGCAAGCAAGUUGCCAAGAUUCUAGUGAUAACUAGGGAGCUUUGGGACAUGCUAAUUAGAUCACACCAACUUGCCAUAUAUGUGAAAAGAUCAGCAACCAGAAUGGAGGUUGAAUUGCACACUUUCCAUUGGCAGUUUCAAGGGGACUCUUACAGAUUGAGUUUCUGUGUCUUCUCAGUUGAGCAUAAUCCUGUGUUGAAUGGAACCCAUUGUGAUGAAUGCACUCUUCUUGUGAUUCUUGAGAUGUUCACUUUUAAAGUACUGAAAUUUUCUGUGAUUUUACUUUUAUGUCAGGACACAUUCGGUUUUCCCUAAUGCUUAUUUGAAAAAAUAAUGAUAUAUACAACCUCCCCUCCUUUUGGGGUAUUCACUAA